AAGAUCCGCCCACCCAUGAGUCAGAGGAUUUUGCGAGGUCUUCUAGAAUGACAGCUCAAACCUGUCCACGUCAACACCAGAGAACCACUAUGGAGAUCGCGUCUCUGGAACCCUCACUGUACACAGUGAAAGCGGUCUUCAUUCUGGAUAACGAUGGUAAUAGACUUCUAUCAAAGUACUAUGACAAAGAGCUCUACCCCUCCAUGAAGGAGCAGAAGAACUUUGAAAAGAACGUUUUCAACAAGACACACAAAGCUGACAAUGAGAUUGCCUUCGUGGAGGGGAUGACGAUCGUGUAUAAGUGCAGCAUUGACCUGUUCUUUAGUGGUGCAUGGCUCAUGCUCAUGGCUGUGCUGAACUGUCUGUUUGAGUCCCUCGGUCAAAUCCUAAGGAAAAAUGUGGAGAGAAGGUGUCUAUUGGACAACAUGGACGGAGUCUUCUUAGUAGUGGACGAAAUUAUYGACGGGGGGGUGAUCUUGGAAAGCGACCCCCAACAGGUCAUCCAGAAGGUCAAUUACAGGGCGGAUGAGAACCCACUGUCGGAGCAGAGUGUGGCUCAGCACAUUACGGACAAAUUGGCUAUGACCUCCAAUAUAAUGCAGUCUGCCAAAGAACAAAUAAAGUGGUCAAUACUCAAAUGAUCUACACCGCCUGUCCAAAGGUCAAAUGUCUAASAGUGGAAUGGACAGUACGAAUUUAUGUGUAAAUAUUAAAGGGUGUAUUUAGCGUUUUAUGCUUAAAUAGGCUAUAUSUAUGGUAAUUAGUGGCAAAUAUAGGCAUUUUUCAUAUGAAGGCAAGCUGACAUUUGUAUGUAAUUAUAUUGGAAAUAAUCUAUUUAAUUUAUUUGAUUYGCAAUAAGUCGGAAGAUAUUAUGCUAGAUUAUAGCAURUGAUUUUGUUAAUUUCCCUYAACUCACCAAAAUACUCUGUUAAGAAAUGUUUUAACCAAACCAAGAAAACAACUGCAUUUUGUUGUAAUGUGUGCAGGCCUACACAAYUAGGGAAACU